GGGAUGUGUCUCACCUGGACGCUGAAAGUUUGCACGUUCGGCAGGAUCGCCGGCGCUCCCGAAGUCCACACAUCAUGCGUUCCCACCCCCCGCGCUGAAACAAGUCCCGCAAAACUUGACGCCCUUCUUCGCCUCGGCGGGCAGAAGAGAAGGAAGGACGCCGCCGCGGACCGAGCGAGAUAAAAACUCUCCUUCAGAGUGGAAAAAAGAGGAGCGCGUGCGCUGCUCACAUGAUAAAAGCAUCUUUACCGCGAGUCCUGUUUGAUAAUCCAUCGCCAGCCUCCGCAAAACCACCGCGUAACCACACCACAACGUUUUCAUAACGCUGUGGCACCCAGGGACCCCAUCCUCGCUCACCCUGAAUGUGAAAUCAUCCAGAACCUGAAGGCAGGAACUCAAAGCCAUCCACCACCAUGGAUUUUGUCAUGAAACAAGCGCUGGGAGGGGCCACCAAGGACAUGGGGAAGAUGCUGGGUGGCGAAGAGGAGAAGGACCCCGAUGCCCAAAAGAAGGAGGAGGAACGGCAGGAGGCCCUGAGGCAGCAGGAGGAGGAGCGAAAGGCCAAAUACGCCAGGAUGGAGGCGGAGAGGGAGUCGAUUCGACAAGGCAUCAGAGACAAGUAUGGGAUCAAAAAGAAGGAGGAGCGCGAGGCAGAGGCACAGGCGGCCAUGGAGCAGGCCUCCGAGGGCAGUCUCACCCGUCCCAAGAAGGCCGUGCCCGCAGGUUGCGGAAAUGAUGAGGAGGAGGAAGAGGGCAUCAUGGACACCGUGAUGAAAUACCUCCCCGGGCCACUCCAGGACAUGUUCAAUAAGAAGUAACAGAGUUACUCAUCCAUAUCAGAGUGGUGCCCCUUCGUUUAUAUACCAUCAUCCCCACCCCCCUGCUCCCCCCAGAGACUUAGAUUAUAGCUGAACAUUAAUCAUGCACCCACCUAUUUCAUUUGUAAAUAGCCUCUGGUUUAAAAUUAUUAAAAAAAGGAAGAUAUAUAAGUUACUAAAUGAUACUAAAAUUACUAAGAGUAUAAGCCAUAAUUUUACCUAUGAAGAAAUUCUCAGAAUCCUAUCACUGCGGUGUUAGUGCUUUUCGUUGUGUUAAUUUCCGCUACACAUAUAUACAUGCAGAAUGUAUGUAUGUUCAUAUAUUUCAUAAACAUUCUCCGUGUGAAUGUACACAUAUGUUGUCAUUCAUUCCAUGAGCAUAGAUGUGACCCCACAAUGUCAAGAAACGAACAACGUAUUCAAAAUAUAGUUUCCAAGCAUGCUGGCGAUGAUAUUUUUUUGCGAAUAUACAGUAUACUUAAAAGUCUACGUUUAGUUGGCCUUUUCUGGUGAGUUACAUAAAGAUUUGACGCAAUAAUUAUGGUUUUUGUCCUCACACGUACACUUCAGCCGCCAUUUGACAUAUGAGAUAUACACGUUAGUUUUGAAUAUUUAGUCGUUGACAUUAUCUUUGAAUGGACACCCAUCCUGCUUCGUGAAGCAUCCAUUACACAUACAGCUGGAGCUACGGGCCAGUUAGUCUCGGUGCUUUUUACCCUGCUGAAAAAGCUCUGUGGACUUUUAAGUUUAAACAUCGUGCAAGAGUGAAAAUAUGCUGACAGCAUGCAAGCUACUACACAAACAAUUGGAAAUAGAGGGCUAUAUAUAUUUCGUUUUUCAUAAAUGUAAAUAUAGAGGUGUUCGGUGGUGCAUAGAAGAUUUCUGUUUCUGGUCAAAAUCAUGAUGUGCAUAUAAGUUUAUUUGGGAGAGAAAAAAAAAAAAAAAAAAAAACAGACUAUGACAACGGUGCAAUAUUGUCCUUAAUGAGGCUGUCCUGUAUCGCUUGUUUAAUUGACGGGACUGCGAUCCCAGAUCAGCAAUAACAGACAGCCCUCGGUGUUGUGUGCGUUGCUUAAUAUGUAGAAUCCGUGUUCACAUACAGUCUUCUUUCUCCUGCUGCUUGCGACACAUCGAUGUGGCCGUGAGGAUGCGAGACUAGCUUAGAUCGUGCACAUGUUGGAUUGUGUUCAUCAGAACAUAAUUGAAAGGAUGUUGUUGCUUUUGACAAGAGCACAUUAGUGCAACAUUAUGUACAUAAAUUAGCGUAAGUCCACGUGUGAUUUUCUGUUUUGCAAAAAAAAAAAAAUAAAAAAUUAUUUAGACAAUGGUCUAACCUUAAAAAACAUCAGUUUGACUAAUACUAGAGGAAGGCUGUGCCUGUGGGCUAGUAGUGAAGAAAUAGCAAAAACUAAUUUUCUAGGAUAAUUAGUUGUGAUGUUAAAAAAUUAAAAGUCAUCUUUUGAAGAGCCUUGGAUGGGUUUGUAUACACUCAAAGUAAGACAAAAGUUUUGUGACCAUGUCUUACUUCUAAACACUGUAAAUUAUGAAGGGGGGUAUGAAAGUAAUGCGAGGCAUUAGAUUUAAGCGUAUUUGUCUUAUAGCAGUCAUUUAUGUUGUCUUUCAUGUUAAGUGAUCGAUACGAUAUUCAAGUUCAGUUGUUGACAGACUUUGGACAGAACUGUAGAGCUGCACCCAAGAAACCUGAGUUUGAAGCUUUUAGGCGUUUGUUGUCUUGUCUAUUUGUUUUAUUGUUAGCCUUUUCCCGAAUAUUCGAGACAUACUCGUAGUCUUGUAGUGUUGUAUAUAGUAUAAACGAAAAUUUUCAACUAGCCACAUAUAACCUAACUGGGAACAUGCAAAAGUUAUAUGUCAUGUAUUCAUUCUUAAAUUAUUUAAAUUAAAUUUAACGUUUAAAAAAAGAAGAAGAUUCCAAAACAUUCCAGAUAUUCAGAACAUUCCACCUGGUUUCUGCUGGAUACAAAAAAGUAUUUUGCAGAAUCUGCGAAGAAAGUUGCCAGAAUCAGCGAAUAAGGAAUGACCAUUAGGUUGGGACGGGAGAUAUAAACACUCCAUAAAUAAAUGUGGUAAAAUCACAGUAACACUCUGCGCUAAUAAAUUAUUCUUUUCCUAUUAAUAACCAAGAGACAUUCUUGGAGAACUCCUUUUGAAUGCCUUCAGCCAGUGUUGAAACCACAAACCGAAGGCAAGUGACAGGAAUUGCCUAGCCAGGUCAUUUUUAUCUGUCGUUUGUCUAAACGGUUUAAUUGUUUUAUCUGAACAGCUACGUACACGUGUGGGAUGAGCUGUUUGACUGUCAUCAUCCGGCAGCGGAUGAUGAUUGUUUUAAGGAUUGUUUCUGUAUGUACGUCGCCCCUGGGGCGCACGAACACAGUCAACAUUUUGUGAUGUAAAACCUGCACAGAUGCUUUAUAGAAAAUCCGAAUGUUGCGUACAGUAACACCAUCACCCAUAAAUUGGUUAACUUAGUAAGAUCCUGCGUGAUGAUCACGUUUCAUAAGUACAACAGUAAACAAAGACGUAAAAACAAAGUAGAGAAACGGGCACUAUUUACAUUUCAUUUUCUGCUUUAAUGAAAUUCCUUUUUUCUUAAAGCAGGGCUAAAUCAAGGGAACCACCGAAGACGACAAUUUGCGAAUAUAUUUAUAUACCCGUACAGGCAAUGAAGUGCAAGACAGUUCUGCUGGCACUUUUUACUUCAGCCGACGUGUCUGAUGCUUCUGAUCUUUUUGUGUGGUUUAACUCUGCUAUAUAUUAAAGCACACCAAAAAAAUCCAGUAUAGAAGGUCAAAGUAUUUUUGUCACAGUAACAGUAAUAAAUUUACUUUACAUUGUAAUAUAUAUCCAUACGUGUGAUUUUUACAGAAUCGUGUAAAACAGCUCAUCGGCCUUAGGUGACGUGACAAUAAUGGACUAUAAGACAACUAAUAUCAUGUUCUGCAACCUUCCCACACUAUUCUGUGCGAAGUGAUCAGUAAACAAAUUAUUAAACAUCCCAGGAUUUUAUUUUUGGGCACAUUGGGUAGACGUCUCCUUUGAGGACCUAUUUGUGUCCGAGGGAGGUACGCAUUAAAACACUAACCAUGUGUCAUUUUUACACCAUUUAUGUAGUUGUUAACAUUUACCAGCUGACACUUUACGUAUACAAACAUUUCAAUUAAACCAAAGAGUGUUUUUUUUUUUUUUUUUUUACAUAUUUCAUGCAUCUUUUUUGUGUGUCACAUGUUCAUGCAUUGCAGAAGAUUUAAUACAAUCUCAGGUGUUGUUAUUUGUGCAUGAUCCACAUCUUAUUUUUCUUGUGCUCAUGUUUCUUUUUUUUUCGCAUGCAUGCGGUUUCCUCAUGUGACAGUUAAAGAAUUGUUAGAAACCCAUAAAAGUUAUUGAACCACGUCUUUCCCCGUGAGUAUCGGCAAAUGUUCGGCGAUCUGGCCCUUUGGAUGCCCUUUGAGCAUCUUCGACCGCAGCGCUCAGCCCUAAAAUCCCCGCAGUGGCGCCGGCCGCUGACUUCUCCGCAUCUUUUCUCGUCAAAUCCCUGACGCCCAUAAAGACUUUGCGACUCUUGCCCAGAGAAGUUAGAGUCUCAACUGCUCACUGCCUUUUGUACUGCAGAUCUGCCAGUUUCCAGUGUCUUUAUUUGAGGCUUUUGUGUACGAUAUUCCAUAUAUUACUAUGACAAUUAUUAUUAGACUGUGAUUCAUAAAUAUUAGCAACUAGGUCAAACGUGACUAGAAAUAUGUGUGUGUGUCAUAUGAUCCGUUGUAGUGCAGGAAGAGUCGCUGUGUAUCUGUCUGCCGCCGUCUGCUGUUGGCGGCUCCACUCAGCCCACAUGCACCACACCUUUACAGAUAUGCUCAGAAAACUCUAUCAGCGUAAUAACUGCCUGACAAAUAAAAGAUUAAAAAAAAGAAAAAGCUGAAAAUAAUCCUUUCGGUGUGACCUGAAUGUGACUGUUAAAUGUUGCUCUGCGUCCCUUGUCUUCCAGCGUGUUCCAGGAGAUGUUGAUCCUGCUGUUUUUUUCCACGUGUGUAAAUGUACCUGUUCGUGUCCCCUGGUGCUCGUACUCGACUGUAUUUGGGUGUAAUCGCUGUACUGGGUGCACUCUCCCGUG